GGUUAGGUUGUUAUUGUUAUUGUUAUAGGUUCAAAUUGGGGCCAAAUUUCAUCUUUAAUGGGGGCCUUAUGAUAAACAUAAAAUGAUAUAAAUAUUCACGGAGUGCUUAUGGGUUUUCUUCUUUCGCAUAAAAUAUCUUUAUUUACUCUAAGGAGAUAUUCCAAAAAAAUAAUGAGAUAUUUGAAUGUUGCUGAAAAAAAUGAUGCAGCAAAGGGAAUAUCUGCUAUUCUUUCCAAAGGAGCCUCUAAUAGGAGAGAAGGCUUAUCCAAAUACAACAAAAUUUAUGAGUUUGAAGCAACAGUAUUUGGUCAUAGGGCUAAAAUGAUUAUGACUUCUGUGUCAGGUCAUCUUUUAGAUUUUUCUUUCCACCCAUCUUUUCGUAACUGGGAGUCAUGUAAUGCUUCAGACUUGUUCGACGCUCCUAUUCAAGAAAAUUGCAUAAAAGACUAUGAAAACAUCCAAAAAACGCUUGAAAGGGAAAUAAGAAGCUGUGAUGGCCUUAUAUUAUGGACGGAUUGUGAUAGAGAAGGGGAAAAUAUUGGUUUUGAAAUCAUAAAAGUAUGUAAAGAUGUUAAAGCCAAUAUCUCUGUCUUUCGUGCCAAAUUCUCGGAGAUAACUGGGCCUUCAAUUUUUAGAGCUUUAUCAACAUUAGGACAACCCAAUAAAAACAUAAGUGAUGCUGUGAAUGUGAGAAAAGAAUUAGACUUAAGAACUGGAGCUGCCUUUACUAGAUUGCAAACUCUCCGCUUGCAAAAAGCUUUUCCAACAAAAUUAGCUAAUAAAAUUAUAAGUUAUGGAUCUUGUCAAUUUCCAACUUUGGGUUUUGUUGUUGAUCGAUAUUUGUCAAUAGAAAGUUUUAUUCCUGAAACAUUCUGGAAAAUAAAAAUGAAUCAUAAGAUUAAAGAUAUGACAACUGAAUUUAUUUGGAAAAGAGAUCGUUUGUUUGAUAAGAACGCUUGUGAAGCUAUAUUAGAUAUCUGCAAGGAGAAUAAUUUAGCUAAAGUAGAUUCAGUGGAAAGUAAAAGCAAAAGUAAAUGGCGACCACUUCCUUUAGACACAGUGGAAAUGGAAAAAAAUAUAUCGAAAAAAUUAAGAAUAAAUUCCAAAACCGCAAUGACGAUAGCUGAGAAAUUAUACGUGCAAGGUUUCAUCAGCUAUCCCAGGACAGAAACGAAUAUUUACCCUAAAGAAUUGAAUCUAAGCAAUAUUGUGGAACAGCAAACAAAUGAUGGAAACUGGGGAUCAUUUGCACAACGUAUUUUGAGCGAAGGUGGUCCUACUCCAAGGGCCGGAAAAAAGUCGGAUCAGGCCCAUCCCCCAAUUCAUCCAACAAAAUAUGCCCCUGGUUUGAGUGGCCAAGAAAAAGCCGUUUAUGAAUACGUCGUAAGACAUUUUUUGGCAUCAGUUCAUAAAGAUGCUCAGGGCUUCGAAACGACCGUAACUGUUGACAUAGCCGAUGAAAAAUUCACUGCCAAAGGAUUAGUUAUCCUAGAAAGGAACUAUUUAGACGUUUAUAUAUAUGAGAAAUGGCUUGGAAAAGAGAUCAAUAAUUAUCAACAAGGGGAUACUUUUACUCCUACUACAUUGGAUAUGGUAGAAGGAAAUACAUCACCACCCAAAUUGUUAACUGAAGCAGAACUUAUUGCUUUGAUGGAUAAGCACGGAAUUGGCACUGAUGCCACACAUGCGGAACAUAUUGAUAAGAUACAGAGGAGGGAGUACGUCGGUUUACACGAGAAUACGUAUUUUGUACCAGGCACUUUAGGGAUGGGCUUGGUUGAAGGCUAUAAUAACAUUGGCUUAGAAGUUUCACUAGCCAAACCCACUUUACGGGCAGAAUUUGAAAAAGAUCUGAAGUUGAUAUGUGAUGGUAUAAAAGAUGCAGAAUCUGUCAGAAGGGAGCAGAUAGCCAAAUACAAGGCCGUUUUCCAGACUGUGGAAAAUAAAAUUCUGGAAAUCGACCAGAGCUUGGCGAAUCGAUUAGGAGAUAGACCAGUCCAAGUGCAACAUACGCCAGCACAAGAUUCUUCUAGACCAGUUUUAAAAUGCCCCAAGUGCGACGAUCUCUUAUUUUUCAAGAAUAGAAAAACUGGAGCUGGGAAAUAUCUGUCUUGUGGAGGUUACCCCCGUUGUAGGAAUGCUGCAUGGCCAUCUGUGGUUAUUGAAAGUGUCGAAGUAUUGAAUGAACAUUGUAAUAAUUGUGGACCAGACACAAAAAAAGUUAAAAUGAAAUUCAGGCAGAAUCCUUUCAUAGGAGAACCUAAUCCAACUGUCGUUUGCAUAGGUGGCUGUGAUAUUAAUGUUCUAGAAUCAUUAGACAUACCACUAUCUUCAGUGAGGAGACAAACAAAUAAUUCUAAUGCUGAAAGAAAUGCGUUACAACCUAGAGACAGUUUACAAGGAGAUACUCGAAGAUCCAGUAGUGGUUGGAUUGCACCAAAUCCUCCAACAUCGUCAAACAAUGCUUCAGGAAGAACAAGUGUUACGAUUCCCGUACAACAAUCGUUUAAUAACAGUCUUCGGAAUCAGGGUGAUUCCAACACCGAUAUAGUCUGUCAAUGUAAUAACGCAGCAGUUUUGUUGACUUGUCAGAAUGGUGAAAACAGAGGAAGAAAAUUUUACAAAUGCCCUAACAACAUCUGCAGUUUUUUCUUAUGGCAACAGAAUAGUGCUGCGGCAUCUACAUCAUCUGAUACGUCCAACAUGGAUACACCUACUAAUAGUGGGAUCGUCACAUGUAGAUGUAAUCAACCUGCCAAAUUGUGUACUGUGAUGAAACAAAACGAAAACCAUGGCAGAAAAUUUUACGCUUGUGCUAAACCACAAUCAGAGGGAUGUAGAUUCUUCAAGUGGGCUGAUGAUGUGGAACAAACGAGAAACGAUGACAAUCCUUGGGAUGGUGGGGGAGGUGGAGGGGGCCCUUCAAGCGGAGGCAGUAGAACACAGAAUUCAAGAAACAAUAAACCUCGAAAUAGGCCUUAUGAUAAGAACAAUCAACCUAGAGCUAAGAGAAAAUGUGGAAUAUGUGGACAGGAAGGUCAUACUAGACAGAGAUGCCCUAAUUCAUAGAAUUCAAUAAAAUUUUAUAUUUUUUAUAUUAGAGUAAGAAUGAAGUCAAACUCCAUUGUUAUCUGUUAUCAGAAGCUUUCCUUAGUUUUUCAAUCUCCCUCUGUUGGAGAUGGCUCUCAGCUGUUGCUUGUGUUAGCUGAAAAAUCAGAAGAAUAUACAAUGAUUGUCCGAUUUUAUGGUAUAAAAGUUUUAUAUCUUCAUUUUGCGAUAAUCUGAAUGAAGGAAAAAUAUAGCGUUUUCAAUAAAA